AUGAAACUCAAGGAGAUACACAGGACAUCGACAUUCGCGUGGUCCCCGCUCCCUUCCAUCCCGCUGCUGGCAACGGGGACAGUCGCGGGAGCUCUGGACGAGUCUUUCAGCAAUGAGAGCCAACUCGAAAUAUGGGCGCCUGACUUUCUGAACAAGCAAGAGUAUGACCUCGGUGGGGAGGGUCAACCAGGCCCAAAGGGUGUCGUUACGGACAGCGCAAGGUUUAACCGCAUUGCAUGGGGAUAUGUGGAUGGGAGCCGCCCGCAGGGUGUGAUUGCUGCGGGUAUGGAGAACGGAGAAUUAGGCAUCUGGGACCCGGCGAAGAUACUUGCCCACGCGCCUGUUUCCGAAUCAUUGAUCUUGAAGAACAACACGCACACAGGGCCUAUACGUGGUCUCGACUUCAAUCCCAUCCAGACCAGCCUGUUCUCGUCCGGUGGAACGAACGGCGAAAUCUACAUCUGGGACCUCAGAGAUCCGAGCAAACCCUACUCCCCCGGAACACGCAGUUCCAAACUCGACGAAAUUACAGCUCUGUCAUGGAACAAUCAAGUUCCUCAUGUUCUUGCGACAUCGAGCAGCACUGGAUAUACCGUUGUUUGGGAUUUGAGAGGUAAGCGUGAGGUUGUCGCUCUUGCAUACGGCGGUGGAGCGGGAACGCUUGGUGGCGGCAUGCAGGGUGGUGGAAUGGCCUUUGGCGGUCGGCGAGGCAUGAGUGAUGUUGCUUGGCAUCCUGACAAUGCCACGAAACUUGUCACUUCAUCUGAAGACGACACCUCUCCUGUCAUCAUGGUAUGGGACCUUCGUAAUGCUCGUGCGCCAGAAAAGAUUCUUACCGGUCAUGAGAGGGGGGUGCUGUCCUUGUCGUGGUGCAAGCAGGAUGCAGACAUGCUUCUUUCGAGCGGUAAGGACAACCGCGCGUUGUGCUGGAACCCCCAGACGUCCGAGAUUAUUGGCGAGCUUCCUUCCGCAGAUAACUGGGCGUUCCAAGUUCAGUGGUGUCCUCGAAACCCUGACCUUUUGGCAACUGCUUUCUUCGACGGAACUAUUGGCAUUCAUUCUAUCCAGUCCACCAAUGAUUCCACUUCUGGUGACCUGCCUAUCACGACACCAAGGCCUGACGGAGGAGAUGUUUUCGAUGUCCCCGGUUUCUCGCGUACGACACAGGCGACCUUCUCGCUCAAGCAACCGCCAAAAUGGUUGCGCAGGCCCGUCGCGAGCUCGUUCGGGUACGGCGGACAACUAGUCUCGGUGUCGAACCUGCCGUCAGCUCAGGGAGGACAUCAAAGUGGUGUUGUGCAUUUGCGCAAUAUCGUCACGGAGGAAAGCAUUGUCGAGCGUGCGAGCAAGUUGCGCGUGGCUCUGGAUUCUCAGGAACUCUCAGCUCUUGCUACCGAGCGCAGCAGCGAGGCAGCAGAUAAGGCAGAGGAAAGCGAGGAAACUUGGAAGGCACUCUUGAGCCUGUUCCAGACCAACUCCAGGGAGGAACUCGUCACUCUACUUGGCUUCUCCAAAUCUGAGAUCGCGGCUCGCGUUGCUGAAGCCGUUGCCGAUCUCAAGGCGGCCGCCACAGCUGACAACACCACCACGACUCCGCCCUCGCCAUCAGAAGGUGAUACGUUGGAUUCCAAACCCCAUGAGCCUGUCGUUUCGUUCGUCGAACCCGAGCGCAGUCCGUCUGAGCUUGGCGAGGACCCCCUAGAAUCGGCAGGAAGUGUCACUGAGAAUACGCCAUCAGAAGUGAGCGCGAGCGCGGCAUCAGACAACACUAAUAUCACACCUUUGGCCGAUGGCGAGUCGACGACAACUGCUCCUAGCCUCUUUGGUGAUGACAACGCUGUGGGCACGCCUCACAUGGACGCGGCUGACUUUUUCAGCACUAUGGGGAUCAGUCAAAGUACCGCGGAUGAUGAUCAGGUCGUCCCGCAUACUAAUUACGGCCUCGACUCUUCUGUUGCUGCGACCAUUGGAUCUGGCCCCUCUUCUGUCGCCUCAGAUACCCUGAAAGGCAACACUUUCACAAUCUACCCUGAGGACGAGUCUGAGAUGGACCAGCUGAUUACAAAGGCUCUUGUAGUUGGUGAUUUUGAAUCCGCGGUCUCAUUGUGUCUGUCUACCGAUCGUUUCGCUGAUGCCAUCCUACUUGCGGCAAGAGGUGGCCCGCAGCUCUUGGCUCAUACUCAAAAGGCGUAUUUCGAACGUCGGACCACUGCCCUGCCUUAUCUGCGUCUAUUCCAGUCUAUCGUCACGAAUGACCUUUCGGAUAUUGUUCAAAACGUUGACCUGAAAGAGUGGCAAGAGUGCUUCGUCGUACUCUGCACGUUCGCUAGCUCUGAAGAGUUUCCGAACCUCGUAGAACAACUUGGCACGCGGCUUGAGUUCCAGGGCAGCCUUGCCAAGUCGUCGGACCCAGACACCCCAUGGAAGGCACGAGGCUUCAGGAAGAAUGCAACCCUGACAUAUCUUGCAGCGGGGCGUCUUGAACGCCUCGUCAACAUAUGGAUCGAAGAGUUAGCAGAAGAGGAGAGGCGGAUCCUGGCGGAUGAGAGUCAGUCCGGCGUAUCACGCUAUACUGUACAUGCAUAUGCCCUACAGACCUUCAUCGAGAAAGUCACCGUCUUCCGUGCGGCGAUUCGGUACGUGGACGACGAGAUCGAGGCCAAGAUACCUGAGGAUGGCUCUGCUACUAGAGUCUACAAAUUGGCAGCGCUGUACGACCGUUAUUUCGAGUAUGCCGAUUUCCUCGCCACUCAGGGGUUGGUCAAGGACGCAGUAGCUUUCUUGGAGCUCACGCCGCGGCAUUACGAAGGCCUGCCUGGCUCGCACGUUGACUUUGCUGUAGGCAGAGAGCGUAUACUAAUUGCUGGCGGUGUCAGUAAAGCUAUCAGUGCUUCAGCAGCUAUUGCGCCGACAGGCCUGACCGCCGUGUUGCAACCUGCCACUCCAUUGCCCCCUUCCAACUCUUUAUAUGGCUAUCCUCAGUACGGAGCUCCUAUACAGCAGCAACCUGUGGCACCUGUGGCACCUCCCGCUACCUAUUCGACGUAUGCCCCUGCACCGCCAUACCCUCCUCCCGCGGGAGGUUACGGUUAUGUUCAACAGCAGCCUCCAUCCGUGCCGCCACUGGUUCCUCCCCCACCCCGUCCUGCCGCCGGGAAUGGUAUUUCAGCGCCAGCACCCCCGCAGAAACGAAGGGAGAAUGGUGGGUGGAAUGAUGCCCCACCCUUGUCCGAUCGUCGAACUCCCAGCUCGUUGAGUUUGAACAAGCCUUCAGCUAUCACUUCACCUUUCCCCAAUGCCCCAUCUCCAAGUAUCAUGCCUAACUCUGCAUAUUUGGGCCGAGGCCAGUCUCCAACUCUACCCCCUCCCCCUCGUCCGGGCAGUGUCCAGGCACGCGCUCCUCCACCUCCACAAGGCCAGCGCAUGCAGCAUCCUCCGCAGGGUCCUCCGGGACCCUUCCCUCCUCCUCAUGCAAGGCCACCAUCCGGACCGCCUGGGCCCCCUCAACGCAUGAUGUCUCCAGGCCAGCAGAUUCCCUCCCAGCCCCAAUACGCGCCUCCUCAGCGUGGCCAUAUCGCUUCUGGCCCCCCUGCAGGACCGGUUGGGGCAGGACUUGGGGGACCCCCUCCAUCCUACGCUCGUGCUACUCCACCUCCAGGACCCACAGUCAUGAGUGCGCCCCCACAAGGAUUUGGCCGUGCGGGACCUCCUCCCCCUGGGCCUGGUCAGUUUGGCGCUUCCGGAUUUGCUCCGCCACCGCCACAGGGUGUGCCACGAGGUGGUCCACCGUCUGGCGCCGUUCUUCCUCCACCGCAGGGUUUGACAAGAGGUCCCCCACCAACAGGGGCCAUGAGCACCCAAUCAGCCGCCCCUACAAGGACCCCUGUAGGGCCAAAAUAUCCUCCAGGAGACCGUAGCCACAUACCCGAACUGCUCAGGCCGACGUACAGCGUCAUUUUGGAGCAGCUAAAUCGCUUGAAGCAGACUACGCCGCCCCAACAAAAACGCCUUGUUGAUGAUUUGGAACGGAGGAUAAACCCGUUGUUCGACGCUUUGAAUUGCGAGUCUCUCUCUCAACCUGUCGUUGAGCGACUGCUUGUCCUCACCAAAGCUAUGGAAAACCACGACCGUGAAACGGCGCUUGCGGUUCACGUCGAUCUCUUGACGACGACUGUGAGCGACGAUAUCGCAUUGUGGAUGUCGGGAGUGAAACAAUUGAUUAUGCGGUUGUGAUGAAUAUUGUAGAGUAGUUACGAAUUGGAUGUGCGGAAGUGAUGUUUUGUCUUCAAGGACUUCGUUUUGCUAUACACAAGAUUUUCCAGUUCUUUGAGACU